AAAGUGAGAGUGUGGUGGCUGUGGUAAUGUGUCGAUAACAAUCGAAAGUGCGCCUGCCAUACAGCAGCGCAUCUCUAGCAGCCGCAUUUUGAACACCGAUUGAUUUGCUCAAGUUUGCAGCAGCAGCGUGUGUUGUGUUUCGUUAGUUGUGAAUAGUAGUUAAAAGGGAAUCACAAAACAUGAGCCAUCCCGGUAAUCGCUUUGUGGCGCCUGGCCGACAGAAUGCUGCAUCUGCAGCAACGACGAUACCCACAGUUGUUGCAUCACAGCGUCGCAACUUGAAACGCAAAUUGGACACAACGGAGGCAGCGAUGGAUGCCACUAGCAACCAGACGCUGAUUAUGUUUCAGGGACGAGACGAAAGCUAUCCCGACGAACUCAAUAAACUGAUAAUGCCGCUGUCGUGCCAUCUCUGCAAAUCCCAAAUGACCUCGAUGAAGAGUGCACGCGAUCAUUACGAGUCCAAGGCACACGAUCGUCACAUCAGCGCUUGGCUGGCCAAGAACUACACCGACGUGGGGCUGCAGACGCCGCCGGUGAAGCGCAUGGUUAAACAGCAUGGAACGACGGGACCCAAUGCCUAUCACUGUGAACUCUGUGACCUGCCGUUGACCUCGUUGACGCACGCUCGACAGCAUUAUGCCGGGCGCAAGCAUCAGCUGGUGGAGCAGAAGCGUUCGCGGCCCUCCGGAGCUGGCUACUACAGCCAGGAGGGCAAAUGGGUGCGGACGGGCAGCCGACCCGAAGCGUUUGUGGACGACGGACGCUUUCGCAUUGGCGAACAGUUUCUCACCCAGGCAGCAGCAGCAGCUGCCACACCGGAUUCCACAACUCCCGAGGAGCCCAAGGCCAUUGAAGUGGUGCAGAGCAGCAGCAGCAGCAAAGCUGGUGAAACAGUUGCUGCCACCGACAUGGAUGCCACGUUGAGUUGUCGCAUCUGUCAGAUAAGCGUCACCUCGGCAUCACAAAUCAAAAUGCACAUGGAUGGCGCCAAGCAUCAGAAGAAUCUACGCAAGCAGCUGCAGGAGGAGGAGCAGCCAUCGGAGGAGAUGAAACAGUCAACGACAAGUGCAACAUCCAUCGAUAUUCCACUCUUGGCUGGCGAUGUGGAUCUGGCCAUGUAUCGAACGCCAUCGAAUUCGUACUAUUGCAAGAUGUGCAACAAGGCGAUGAAUCACAUCAGCAUUCUGCAACAGCAUCUUCUGGGCAAGAAGCAUCUCAAGGCGUCGCGUCAAUAUGUCGCCAGUUAAACUAUGAAAAGUUCACACUUUGAUUCGAAAUGCCAUUUAGCUUUCAAAAGCAUAAUUCAAUUAUAUUAGUA